GGGGAGACCCGGGCCCGACCCCUCCCCCGGACGCCCGGCCCGAGAGCGGGACACAGGCGGCGAUGGUGACUGGGCAGUGGCGCGGGGCCGGGUCCUGGGCGGGGAGGCUCGGCGGCCUCUUUCUUUCUCUGCCCCCGCCCCUCUUCCUCCUCCUCCUCUGAGCCCGGCGGCGGCGGCGGCGGCGGCGGCCCAGGUCGGCGCUUUUGCCUCGCCUGCUCCUCCUCCCCCACCCGUGGACCCUCUCCCCACCUCUCCCUCGCCCCCUCCUCUCGCUGCCUCCUCCCCUCUCCUCCCUCCUCCUUCUUCCCGGAGCGGCCGGCGGGCCGGAGAGAGUGGUGGCUGCAGGAGGCGUAACGGAAAGCCCCGGCUUGGGGAAGGCUGCGCGCUCGGAGACGCGGAGCCCGGGCUGGGGGUAAUCAAGCCCCUGACCUUGGCCUUAAAUGACCAGAUUCUUAUUGGUGUUAUUUUGUAGACUUGGUAAACUGGGAAGCAGUCUCGAGUUCACAGCUGAUCUGCAGCUUUGCCUCUCAUUAAGGUGUUCCUUCUCAUCACACAGGUGACAUUUUUCUGAACUUGCUCACUGAGAGUCCCCAGCAUUCUUGCAGAUACACUAGUAGGUGAGGCUUUGGAGGCCAGGCUCCCGAGCUCCGACAUGGCAGCAUGACACCCAGACGGCGCCCCCAGAGGCUGGGAGAAAGGAGCCCCCGGCUGUGGGAGUGAGUGCCCCCCAACAGCGACUGCCUUCCGAGGCCGCCUGUACCUCCUUCCCCACCGGCUUCUUUUAUUAGUAACCCGUGGAUUCCUCUGAUUCUUUUUCCGCCUCGAACACCAAUAUGUGUCAUGUCAUUGUCACCUGUCGCUCGAUGCUCUGGACCCUCCUGAGUAUUGUGGUGGCUUUUGCAGAGCUCAUUGCCUUCAUGAGCGAAGUCUGGCUGAUUGGAAAACCCAAGACCCGCGGCAGCGCUCAGCCCGAUGAGCUGAGCGGCCCCUCGGAGCCCUACCACCCCACUCUGGGCAUCUAUAACCGCUGCAUCCGCAAGUCCAGGGUGCAGAAUGCCACGCAAGUGACAGUGUGUGGGCCCUACGCUGAGAACUUUGGUGAGAUUGCCAGUGGCUUCUGGCAGGCCACAGCGAUCUUCUUGGCCUUCGGCAUCUUCAUCCUCUGCACAGUGGCCCUGGUGUCUGUCUUCACCAUGUGUGUACAGAGCAUUAUGAAGAAAAGUAUUUUCAACGUCUGCGGGCUGUUGCAAGGAAUCGCAGGCCUGUUCCUUAUCCUCGGUUUGAUCCUCUACCCUGCUGGCUGGGGCUGCCCCAAGGCCGUGGUCUACUGUGGACACUAUGCGUCAGCCUACAAACCUGGAGACUGCUCCCUGGGCUGGGCCUUUUAUACUGCCAUCGGUGGGACAGUCCUCACCUUCAUCUGUGCCAUCUUUUCUGCACAAGCAGAAAUUGCCACCUCCAGUGACAAAGUACAGGAAGAAAUUGAAGAGGGGAAAAACCUUAUCUGCCUCCUUUAAUUUGAAAGAGACAUUAAUGCCACUUUCCUCCUGGUGCAACCUUGUGAAACAGUCCACCUCUGGGUUCGUCAUUUGAGUCAACUGAAGAACUAGCCUUAGUACCUACCAAAGCCACAUUCCAUAGCCCCGAGCCUUAAAUGGACCGAUGAGCGACAACAUCUAGCUAAAGAGAGUGACUGCCCAUGAGGGCCGCCAUGCAAAUUACGAGAUGGAACAUGGAAACAGUACAUAAACCCUGACAUGCAGUUGACACUGCAUCUCCCCCGAGGCUCAAUGAAGGAUAAUGAUCAAAACCCUUAAAGCGGCGCUUCUCUGGUAUCAGAUCUUAAGACUGCAAGCCAGAUCUGCUGGCUGUUCUGAGAUGUGCAUCUGCCACAAGCCUGCAGGCCUGUAAGCAUCUCUGCCUCAGAAUGAGGUUUGGUGUUUGUUUCCUCCUGGUUCUUUCAAGCUGUCUUAGUUGGAGACGACACACUUACUGGGGAUAGGAUGUGGGCUAGAUGGCACAGCAAGAUCUCUUGCUUAGCUCACCAAAGGGGUCCAGCAGGAUCAGAGUGAAAUCCUGUAGUGGGAUUGAUUUAUGCGAGGCUGAAUUCCAGGGUCAGGUGAAUCAACUGAACUGUCAUUCUAAGGUUAAAGAAUAAGGACCUGUAAGAUCAUGAGAAUAAAAGUACAAAAUCCUCUAGUGGAGACAUUCAUUCCGCUUCCCAGCUAGCACCAGUACUGGCCCAGGCUCCUCUCCCACCAGAGGUCACAUGAUUCUCUCCCAGGGUUGGGGCUGUGCCGGCUGCCAAAGGAAAGUUCAGUCUGUUUCCUUGUUCCAGGGACAGACUUCUCCAAGCCGGCUGUGGCUCAUUCAGAUGUCACUGGGAGAACUUGCCAGAACCUCAGCACUUGCGGGGAGACCUUUUCCCACUGUUUGGUAACCGCACUGUAGUCAGCUAUCUUUCCAACUCUGACAGCAGCAAAAUGCCAUUCUGUACAUAAAAAAGGAGCUAAUCAUGGGACUAAAGUUUUUCUAGGUACUGGUGUUGAUCCUGAGAGCGGACUGAAAUAACCUUAAGUUACUGCACAUGGUGAGCUGCAUCAAAGGCUUCAUUCCCAGGUAAACAGAGGAGAAAAUUAAUGCAAAGAGAGAGAGAGAGAGCUAGGCCAAGCUCAUAGCACCUGCCUAUACCUGUUUACAAAAAGAAAUCAACUACCACUGUUAGAAAAGGGUUCAGGCGCUUUUAAUCUAGUUUCUAUAAAUUACCAGUGUCAUUGAUUCAGGAAGGUAGUCUUAGCCAUCACCUCAGAUUUACUUCGGAAUGAUCCAAGUGGUCAGAAAAAACCUAGUCUGUUACUACGCUAAGGUCAGAACUGCAGAAUGGUACAGACACACUCCACAGCAGCUUAAGCAAAUAGAAUGGACCUGACAGAUUUCUGGAAGAACUAGAUCUCAUUGGGUUUAUGAAUCUGCUCACUGGAGGGCUUGCUUCAUUUGGAAAAUUUAAUACACACCUUGUCUGGGAAGGGUACUGUGUGUUGAGUGCCACCAAGUAAUAGAACCCUGAUUCAGAUUUUAUAGCAUUGCCCAAAGUGAAUCUCUGAGAGCUGCGUGAGUCUAAACCCAUGAUUGGCUGCAGAAAAACUGAUUGCUUUAUGUACUGACAGAAUGUAACUAAAGUUCUACUCCAUUCUGGCCUUUGGCCUAUUACCAGAAACUGCCUUUUCUUACAGAUUAAGAGCUAAGGGCAAAAAGGGUAGGGGUUUGGAACCAGGCCUUAAUGAGUUCACCAUUCUUAGUCCAAAGUUCAGAAUAAGAAAAUGUAAAUCCAAUGACUUUCUCUGAAAAGAGGAGGGGUAAAUACACAGCAGCCUAGGGUGAGAGCUCAGGAAACAUUAAUCCUGUCUCUGACACCUCACCAAAGCAGGUUACUCACGGCAGCCACUGGGCCAGGCUCCUCUACCCAACGGAGCAUUUAGAUGCUUUAACCAAGUCCCGAUGCCACCACAGGAACUACUUUUCAAAUCCUGGGAUAAUUUUCAUUAAAAAAAUUCAUCACAAAUUGUGUGUUUAUUGUGAUAAAAACAAUUUUUUUAUUGCCAGAAGAUUCACUCAAUUUUUUUUGUCUGUACAUGACAGAAAACCUAUUUUUUCUAACACGAAUUUUACACCCUCCUUACAGACAAGCUGUCAUAAGCCCAGAGGAUCCUCUCAGCAAAUCCCUCAUCUAUAUGCUCGACUGCUCUUUGGUUAAAGUGGUAGUGUCACCCUUACACCACGCUGAUAACAAAAGGCAGAAGUGCAAAUGUAGCCUCUCUUGGUCAGAAGAAAGUCACUUGACAGUGUUUACUUCAUUAGUCUGAGUGCUACAGAACACAGAAAAGCAUAUGCACACACAACCCCAAACCACUGAAGUACUUAAACACUGACUUAGUAAGCAGAGCAGAGAUGGACUUUAUGGGAGAGAGAGAAAGAGGUAAUGUUGGGCCUUUGAAACCUUCAGUCCAAUAGCCUGGCUUUGGUGGGGAUGAAUGUAGCCUCUGAAACCAUGCUGAUCUAGACCAAAACUGCAGAGCUGAUUAAAAACCACUGAGUAUGAGGAAUAUGUUAGAAAGAAAUGUAUUAAAAAUAAUUAGACUGAUUGUUGACCCACACCUAUUUUUCUAAUAAACUUCUAUUAAUCACCUCAGUCUAAAAAUCUAAUAUACCUGGACCAUUACAACUACCAGAAAAGUCUUAUUUAUUUUUGCCUGCAUUUGUGCUUAUUAAAGUUUUGUGAUGAGCUGGGCUUCUCAACUCCAAGAAGGCAGAAAUGAUUGCCUUGGAUUCUGUGGAUUCUUUAAACCUGUGUGCUAAUUCAACAAUGUUACAUUAAUUGUGUAAGGGUUUUUGUAUAAUUUUCAAACAUCUGUGGUGUAAUGAUCUUUGUUAAAACAUGUAAAGUGCCAUAGUCUUUUUAUGUGUAGCAUAUUUAAAACAUAUAUGUGUAUUAUACAUACACAAGUCUGUGUGAAAGAUGUGCAAUAACAAAGGUGUAUGUAUGUUUUGUUUUUUUUGGAAACUGGACAGGUGUCAGAACAGGGAUUGUUUCUGUUUUGGCAGAGGAGAGUUAAACAUUUUUGCCUUUAGGGCCUAGUAUUUAAACCAUAACAAUUUUAAUGCUACACAAACCUAUGUGAAGAAAAGACUGGUAUGAAAUCACUUUUUUCUGGGUCUAGAUUAAUCACUCAGUUUAUGUGAAGGUUAAGCUGGCAAGCCAGGCCCAGUUAAUGCUAGUCUUUCAUGUGAAAUGUGAAGCUGCCCUUAUUGCCUUUUUCUGUUAGUGUGAUAGCUAGUAGCUGGUACAUAAUCACUAAGGAGCUAUUUCUUAGCAUGCUUUGAUGACUGUGUUAAUGCUAGACCACUGUUUAAGGGCUGAUCUCACAACUUCUUAGCCAUAAGAGUCUGGCUUAGAACAGACCUCUCUGUGCAAUAACAUGUGGCCACUGGAAAUCCCUGGCCUGCAUUUGAUUUGGGCAGCAAUGACUCCCAUGGGCCAAACGAGUUAAAGGCACGACUGGGAUUUCUUCUGAGACUGUGGUGAAACUCCUUCCGAGGCUGAGGGGGUCAUUAGGUGCUCUGGAGGAACUCGGCACCACUUGAUAUUCAACAGCCACUUGAGCCAAAUAUAAAAUUGUAUUUACCGCUGAUGGACUCAAUUUGAGCCUCCUAAUUUGUGGUUAUCCUAUUACAUUGUAAACUAAUUAAUACAUUGUUUGUCUAGCAUUGAUUAGGUUCCUGUGCAUAUGUAUUUUCACAGCGUGCUCCCCUCCUCUCCCCAGAUCUGAAUUAAACCAGAUUUUGCAAACUCA